UCUGCGAUCAGUCAAAGAUUUUUUCGUCCAGACAAAGACUUUAGUGUAGGUUAACCAUAUAUUAAACACCUUGAAUAGCCGAUCACGGAUAAACCACGAUGGAUACAGAAUCCCACGAACACUGUUCAACCUGCAUUAAACAAAACUGCUCUACUACCAAGAUAUGCGGUAUGGUUUACUGUCCUUCACGUUGCUGUAGCCGCAUGCAUCGGUGUAAACUUGAAGAUCAUAUGUUUAUCUGUCCUAAUGAAAUCGUCCCAUGUUCAAACGCUGGCUAUGGUUGUCCUAUGAAAAUCCAGAGAGAUAAAAUUGGAAAGCACUUAGCUGUUUGCCCGGCUAGUAAUGUGUUUUGUACGAUGGAAUGGAAUCGUUACCCUCUUUAUUCAAAAUCAAGAUUAAGCUGGGUACCUUUUUUCCAGCCCAAUCCGGUCCUCGUAAAAGGCCAACUGGACGUUGAACUUGCUUUACGGGACCAAAAGGUACUAGAAGACGUCUUUAAAAAACGUCUUCGUAAAGGAAAAGCUAAAGUGGAUAUUUUGAGGCUUAAUAAUCAGAGGUCUUCGAGUUUGAAUCAGGAGAAAGAUAGCGAAAGAAAUCACAGACAAUUGAACUCCCAGAUUGAUAUGGCUCUUGCUUUGUCCUCGCUAGAAUACCAGUUGAAGCCGCUAAAACAAAACAUAGAAUCACAAGAAAAUAAUCCCAAUUCUGGAGAUGAUAUUUUACGAGUAAACGAUGAGCCAUGGAAAACAAAUGCUACGGAAUCUAAUUCCGAUAUUUUCAUUCAAAACACAGCUGAUGAGAGGGAGAAAAUAUCAAGUGAUGAUGGAUUUUCACAGCUGGAUUCUAGAACGGGUGAAUUAAGAUUUGAUAAUCUAUCGAGUACACGUGGAUGUGAAGAAAGCUGCGAAAGCUGUGUUCCUGACAAUGAAAAGUGCUCGAAAAUACAAGAAGAUAUCUUAUUAAGUCCUGAAACCAUCUCGGGAUGUUUUCAAUCGCGUGGAAAAGAUGGAGAUCAUGUAGAUGACCUUUCAAGUGUUGCCGGCCAGGAUGAGUGUUCACAAGUGGACAACGUAGAAAGUGAAAAAAUCUUUUACAAACCGCCCAGAUUCGUAGAUAUUUAUUUAGAGGAGCCGUUAGGUUUGAAUGUGAUGUUGGAGACGCUACCCAAGUUUCAAAAGCAGCUCCCGAUGUAUUCCAUCCCUUGCAAUCAAGUCCUUCGAAGAAAUGAAUAUGGCUCGCACUUUAAAAAUGUCCACGGUGAAAUCCAUGGGGGGUUGAAUGGUUGGUUAGAGCAUCGUUGCCCUUUAGCGCAGUAUGGCUGCACGUUUAUCCACCAUAGACUUCUCCCAGGCAACCAAUGUGGACAAGUUGUUUUUAACCAAGACCUGGGGAGCUUUGGUAUCAGACCUUGUAUGCAAGACCCACAAAAACCUAAAGAUUAUUGCCCUCAUCAGGUCUACGACGAGACGGACACGGAUUUCCUCAUCUCUCUGCCAAUAGAGAUUUUAGAGACAAUUGCUGAAAUGCUUGAUAGUUUUAGCUUGUGUAACUUGAGUCGCACGAGUAAAACACUGCGCGAGGUAUGCCAAAGAAUAGUGGAGAAAAAAGGAAUGGUGACACUGCAAUGGGAGAAGAGGAUCUAUGACGAUGGGCAGUGGUCGUGGCAAGUAAGACAGAAGAAAUGGUUUUUCUCCACAUCUUUCAGUGCCGUUGACAACUGGAUACAUUCCAAUAGCCCAGGAAUGGCAGCUCACAUGGAGAAGUGUCGUUUCUUUGACCAUUAUGUUUCAACGCACAAACAGUUCUGCUACCACUUGCAGGAAAAUGAAGGCAGCAACAGCAGCAAGCAAGAUGAUAAUUUAACUCCAUUAAAUAUAAAUGUGGAAAGAAGAAGCCUGGCGCUUUUAAAUCUGCAGGAAUUGAAUAGUGAGGCAAGAGUUUGUUUAUAUUAAGCAAGCCUACUGUAUUUUAGUAUUUCACACUUACAUUUUGACUUUCAUUACACAAAUGCCAUAAGUCAAAAUUACCAUAGGUUAAUAAUUACCAGUAUAUUAUAUUAUUGAACUGACUGAAGAUGGCAGAUAUUAAGAAUUAUUUAAAAGCUUUUGUUAAAAUUCUCUUACUGGAUUGGAACUCAUUUUAAUUUUCUAAAAUAUGAUAAUGCAUUGGGCUGCCAAACAAAAUAUUGCAGUAUAUUAGGCUGUGUUCAUAAUGUAUGGCAGAAGGGAAGGGGGGGCUUACGAAAAUUUGAAAUGUCCAGAAUAAUUCUUAACACCCCCCCUUUAAAGACAUGCAAAAAAAAAGAUCCCG